CCUUAACCCUUUAUAAAUACACCUACUUCUCCAGCUUCUUUCCUUCGUAGUCAAGUUUUCGCAUCGAUUAAACAUCUUACAUAAAUCAACCCACAUACAAAGCAAUUUUUUCUCUCUUUCUUGUGCUCUUGCUAUUUGUUUCCCCCAGUUAGAAGCAAAAAAUACUCCACAAAGAUGAUGAUGAUGUCAAUAUUCAGUUCUUUUGAUGUUCUCUCUGCUGAGAUUUUUGGCCUAAAGGUUAACAGCUCUUGGGCACCUGCCAGUUCUGAGAAGAAACAACAACAAGGUGUUGUGGUGGGCCCUCUUGUAUCUGAUCGCAAGGCCACCGCUUCUCCGCCGUCUAAUUCUUCAACUGGUGGGCUGAAGAAGGACGAAGAGGCGGCGCCGCCGUUGCGCCAACAGCAGCAAAGGAGGCCGAGGUUUGCGCUGGAGUUGGAUGGGGUCCACUGUUUCGAAACUAUUCUUCCCUAUUGAUUGUAUUAUAUUCCAAGAUUGAAAUUCUUUUUUCUUGUCUGCUGAGUGGUGACUGCUUGUAAUUAACCAUGGUCAUGUAACCGUAAAUUCCGGAGGUUAAUUGAUAUACGUACAAUUUAGUAGUA